AUGGAGAAGGCGGGGACGCGGAAGUUCGCGGUGCUACUCUGCGCCGACGAGUCCGAGCACGUGAAGCAGGCCUACGGAGGGUACCUGAAGGUGUUCAUGGGGCUGCUGGGGGAGGAAGACGAGACGUGGCACGUCUACCGCGCCAUGCAUGGCGAGCUGCCGUGCAUGGCGGACGUGCACACGUACGAUGGGUUCGUCAUCACCGGCAGCUGCAGCGACGCCCACGGCGACGACCGGUGGAUCAACGACCUCGUCUCCUUCCUCAGGUCACUCGACUCCAUGAAGAAGAAGGUCCUCGGUGUCUGCUUCGGUCACCAGAUUUUGAGCAGGGCUUUGGGCGGGAAGACCGGCAGAGCCAUGAAGGGAUGGGAUAUCGGAGUGACCUCCAUCAACCUCUCUCCCUCCGCUAACAAGCUGCUCUCUUCUCUCCACAUCCCCUCGCAUCUCCCUAUCAUCGAGUGCCAUCGAGACGAAGUGUGGCAACCGCCGCCUUAUGCAGAGGUGAUAGCCUGCUCGGAGAAGACCGGCGUCGAGAUGUUCAGAUACGGAGACCACAUGAUGGGCAUCCAAGGCCAUCCUGAGUACAACAAGGACAUCCUCCGCCACCUCCUCGAUCGCCUCCUCCAGCGUAAUCUCAUUCAGGCUUGUCAAGCUGAGACAGCAAAGGCAAGCUUAGAAGCACAAGAACCAGACCGAGAGGCUUGGAAGAGGCUCUGCAGAGGCUUUCUCACGGGGCAGCUUUCAUGGUAGCUAAAGGCUCUCUUGGAUUGGACAUGGAACUGCAGAUCUAAUCUCAACUGAGCUCCACAGGAUGUGGAGUGCUCACCCUUUUCAAUCUCCUGUAUUGGA